AUGUCUUCAAAGACACCGGCAGCCGAGUCAGAACCAGUGAUAAACGACAAUCCCGCCCUUCAGAGUCUCUACAAGUCGUUCGAGUCACGAAUCGGCUACUGGCUCCUCUUAGGCAACACCCGCCACUUUGGAUACUGGGAAAAGGACACGCACUGGGUAUUUCCGCUCAACGGCCCCUUGCGACGGAUGGAAGAGAAGAUGCACAAACUCCUCGACCUGGCGCCGGGCUCGCAAGUCUUGGACGCCGGCUGCGGAGUCGGACAUGUCGCUCUCUACAUGGCAAGUCGCGGCUUGCGCGUGACUGCCAUCGACGUCCUGGACCACCACCUUGCCAAGGCGAAGCGUAACGUCGCCCGAUCCGGCGCCCUUUGUUCUCUCGUAUCCGUCCAGAAGAUGGAUUACCACCACCUCGAGACAUUACCCUCGGAGAGUCAUGACGGGGUCUACACGAUGGAAACGCUGGUCCAUGCGACGGAUCCGCUAGAGGUUCUCAAGGGCUUCUAUCGUAUCCUCCGACCUGGUGGGCAUGUCGCCAUGCAUGAAUACGACCAUGACUAUGAGUCCGACGAGGUCAUUGGGAAGACGCUGGCCAAGCUUAUGAGGGAGGUUAGUGAGUAUGGCGCCAUGCCUACGUGGCAGCGUGCCAGGCGCGGGUACUAUAAGCAGAUACUUGAGGAAGCUGGUUUUAUAGAUGUCGAGGAGCACGACUACUCGGAAAACGUCCGUCCCAUGCUGCGACUGUUUUGGCUUUUAUCGGCAAUUCCUUACUACUUCAUCGUCUUGUUUCGUCUUGAAAAGUACUUUGUGAAUGCGAUUGGUGGCGCGCGUGGAUAUUAUGCGCAAAAGUACUGGAGAUAUGUUGCUAUUAGUGCUAGGAAACCUGCAACUGGAGGCGACGGCUCGACAAAGAGCUAA